AGUCAUCGCUUAUGGCGGUGUUGUCCAACUCCAACCUAACCAACAUUUAACUCCCCUCCUCUCUUUCCCUAACACACGCAGGCAUCACAAAGCCAUUGCUGAUUCCAUCUACUUCUCUUUCCCUGCAAUAUGUCAAACUGUGCUGUAGAGUCUACCACUGUUGAAACCAGUGAUGGAGUCAAGCUCCGGACGAGACUCUUCAAACCGUUGGAAGAAAUUAAGGAUGAAUUGGUGGUUGUUCUUGUUCACCCAUACUCAGUCCUUGGUGGUUGUCAAGGCCUCUUGAAAGGAAUAGCAGCUGGGCUGGCUGAAAAAGGUUACAGAUCGGUGACCUUUGACAUGAGAGGAGCUGGGAAGUCAAGUGGAAGGGCUUCUCUCACUGGGUUUGCGGAAAUCAUUGAUGUUAUUGCUGUCUGCAAGUGGGUCUCUGAGAAUCUCUCCGUUGGCAGGAUUUUGUUGGUAGGCUCUUCUGCAGGAGCACCAAUUUCAGGAUCUGCAGUUGAUCAGAUUGAACAAGUUGUGGGCUAUGUGAGUCUAGGGUACCCUUUUGGUAUGAUUGCCUCAAUUCUUUUCGGGCGACACCAGAACGCCAUCCUGAAGUCCCCAAAGCCUAAACUCUUUGUCAUGGGAACGCGGGAUGGGUUUACUAGCGUGAAGCAGCUGAACAAGAAGUUGAGCUCUGCUGCAGGGCGUGUUGAAACACAUUUGAUAGAAGGGGUAAGCCAUUUCCAAAUGGAAGGGCCUGCUUACGAUGCGCAGAUGGUGAAUCUUAUCCUUGAAUUUGUUGCUUCAUUGUAGUAAUUUGAACCAGUUCUCGGACUUGUGAUUGGGAUUUAUCUCUGUAUUGAAUGUAUAUGCAUGCUGAUCUUUCACCUC